AUGGGUCUCCUCGACAGCUUCUCUGGUAACGACAACAACUCUUCCUCCAACAACCAGUCUGGAGGCGGCGGUUACGGCCAGUCCGGCCACAACUCCAACUCUUCCUCUAACCAGCACGGUUCCAGCGGUGGCUUCGGCUCCUCCGGUAACUCUGGCAGCGAUAGCUACGGCUCCUCCGGUAACUCUGGCAGCGACAGCUACGGCCAGUCCGGCCACAACUCCAACUCUUCCUCUAAACAGCACGGUUCCAGCGGUGGCUUCGGAUCCUCCGGUAGCUCUGGCAGCGACAGCUACGGCCAGUCCGGCCACAACUCCAACUCUUCCUCUAAUCAGCACGGUUCCAGCGGUGGCUUCGGCUCCUCCGGUAACUCUGGCAGCGAUAGCUACGGCUCCUCCGGUAACUCUGGCAGCGACAGCUACGGCUCCUCCAACAAGGGCGGUAAGGACAGCUACGGUUCUUCCAACAACUCCAGCAGCGGUGGUGGUUACGGAGGUUCCAACGACAACAACAACAGCUCCUCGUACGGCUCUUCCGGUAACCAAUCUUACGGUUCUUCCGGCGGCCGAGGCGGAUCCGACUCUUAUGGUUCUUCCAACUCUUCUUCCAACCAGUCGUCUGGCUUCGGUGGAAGCAACAACUCUUCGUCCCACUCUUCUGGUGGCCAGGGCGGCUACGGUGGAUCUUCCGGAAACGACUCCUACUCUAGCGGUGGACAGUCUGGCGGCCGAGGUGGUCACGAGUCUUCCGGUGGUGGCUUCGGAGGUAACUCCAACUCUUCCUCCGGCGGUGGCGGCUACGGCGGUGGUAACUCUGGCUACUAA